CAAAACAGUGAGACGGAAAUUGCUGCUGCAUUCUCUCUCCCUAAACACUCCAAGGACAGAAAACAGUUACUUGAGAAGCUACGAAACAGGCAACUACCAACACAAUCAAGAGGUUAUAGAAAGAAAAAGAGGACCACUGAAAAUUAGGAGGCGCACAGGAAGAUCAGAAAUCGAGCUGAGUGCCAAAACAUUUGUGCAUUGUGUAUACUGUAAAGGCCUGUUUGUUCGCAAGGAGCUGUGGCGCCAUACACGGAGAUGCCCUUCAAAGAUGUCUGAAGCAACUGGCAAAGCCAAAGUAUUAGAUUUGGCUGAUAUUGCAGAGUCAACAUUCUCCCAACCAAUAUCUCCUCAGGUGUGGAAGAUCUUGGGAAAUAUGAAGAAUGAUGACAUUUCAUCAGUAGUUCGAAAUGAUUUCCUCAUACUUCAGUUGAGUCAAUGUCUUUACAACAAGCAUGGCAGUGAUCCAUCAAAAUCUGAAUACAUCAGACAGAAGGCUCGAGAAAUGGGCAGACUCUUGCUAAGAUUGAGAAGAAAAUACUCCAUAUAUAGCUUUGAAGAUGCUGUGAAACCGAACCAUUUUUACAAAGUCCUUGAGGCUGUGAAAGAUGUUGCUGGUUACGAUGAAAAGAGCCAUUUGUAUAAGACGCCAAGUCUUGCACUGAAGUUAGGACAUUCACUUAACAAGAUUGGUGACGUUAUUCUCUGCAGGGCCAUCGCAGUAGAGGAUGAUGUUGUGACAAAAGCAGCAGAGCGAUUCAAAAGACUGUGCUCAAGUGAAUGGGCAGGACAUGUCUCGCAUGCUGCUCUUGCUACUUUGAACAAAUCAAAGUUCAGCAAACCAUCUACUAUACCAUUCACACAGGACGUGCAGCUUCUCCACCAGUACCUAGAGAAGAAAUCAGUUGAAGCUUUUGAAAGCCUAAAAAAUCACGAGUCUUCACAGACAUAUGCAGAACUUGCCAAAGUGGCACUUGCACAAGUAAUAAUAUUCAACAGACGUUGUGCAGGAGAAGUCUCAAAAAUGACGCUCGAGUGCUUUAAGAAAAGAAACCAGGCUGAGCUCCACGAGGACAUAGCUCUCUGUCUCUCUCCAUUUGAACAAAAAAUGUCCAAGCAUUUCAGCAGAGUAGAAAUCAUGGGCAAGAAAGGGAGAAAAGUUGCUAUUUUGUUCAAUCCUGAACUUGUCAGAACCAUUAAACUUAUUGUGGAGAAGAGAGAUGCAUGUGAAGUAGACGGGGACAACCCCUUCCUAUUUGGAAGACCAAAGUGCUCACCCACCAGCUUCUUCAGAGGACAGGACUGCAUCAGGCUUUUUGCAAGUCAGUGUGGUGCGAAGAACCCAGAACAUCUCAGGUCUACACAGCUCCGCAAGCAAGUGGCAACAAUGUCCCAGAUUCUCAGUCUUAAGGAUAACGAGCUGGACCAACUUGCCAACUUUUUGGGCCAUGACAUUCGAGUCCAUAGAGACUAUUAUCGGUUGCCAGAUGCAACUAUAGAAAUUGCAAAAAUCUCAAAGCUGCUACUAGCAAUGGAAAAAGGAAGUCUCGCAAGAUUCCAAGGAAAACCUCUCGAUGAAAUUGAGAUUGAAGAUGAAAUUGAUCUGGAAUUAGACGAUGAAGAAAUAAGUGAUGAAGAUGAUGAAGAGUCAGAUCCUGCACAUGGAGUAAGGGGAAAAAGAAAAAUGUCCCCAGAUGAGGCUGAGAGCUCCACAGAGGCCAAAUCAAGGAGAAUUGUGAAAAGGCCAUGGAGCCCAAAUGAAGCGAAUGCAGUCAUGAAACAUUUCAAAGCCCAUAUUUCAAAAGGACACCUCGUAACAACGGCAGAGUGUAAGCAGUGCAAGGCUGUAGAGGACCCUGUUCUAAGAGAAAGAACAGUACAGAAUAUAAGGGAUUUCGUGAGGAACCGAGGUAUGCAGUUAAAAAAGAAAUGUUCUUAGAUUAGUUAGUUUUGUUGACCCAGUGAAGUUGAAAAGAAAAGAUGAAAAA